AUGUGGUUUAUUUCUUCCAUGUUUCUCAUUUGCAUUAUAUUUGGAACACGAGUUCAGGGAGCAAUGUUUUCAGACAGUUCCUCUCUUUACCAAAACUUAUUUGGGAAUUAUAAUCCUGAUUUACGUCCUCAGACGAAUCUGUCCGAACCAACAAAAGUGGGCAUUUAUGUUUAUCUAAUAUCACUGAACAAUUUAGAUGAAAUAUCCGGAAUACUGUCAGUGGUAGCCGCCUUCAGACUGGAAUGGAAUGAUUUUCGCCUCGCGUGGUCGCCGAGCACUUACGGAGGACUGGACAACUUGCCCGUUCCACUCAAAAAGAUUUGGGCCCCAAGGCUGUUUCUGAUAGACACUGCCAAUAAAAUGGAAGCUAUCGGAGAUGGCGAUUUUCUCGGAAGGAUGUAUUCGGAUGGCAACAUGUCAUGGGUGCCAGGUGGACUACUUACUUCCAUUUGUAGCAUUGACAUGUUCAGGUUUCCGUUCGACACACAGGAAUGCUCGCUUAAUUUUAUGCUCUGGGGAUAUACCCCUGAAGAUGCCAUCUUGCUUCCAUGGAAUAAUGUCACUAAUGUAGACACUUCUUUCUACAACAAAAAUGGCCAGUGGGAUUUGAUAAAGACUCACAUGGCCCAGUCAAAUCUUGGACAAUACCAGUGUCGGAUACGCAUCACGAUGACUCUGAAAAGAAAGUCUCUAUAUUUCAUUCUCAACAUGUUGGCCCCGAUUCUUCUCCUAUCCUUUCUGAAUCCAUUGGUGUUUGUUUUACCUAUGGAUAGCGGAGAACGCAUUUCCUAUGCAAUUACGAUUUUCUUAUCUUUUGCUGUAUUUAUGACUUUACUCAGUGAGAACAUGCCAAAAUCAUCAGAACCUAUGGCUCUUCUGUCUUACUUUUUGAUUUUUACGAUGUGUUUGAGCACACUCAUGACUAUUUUAACAAUAUUCACUAUGUAUCUUCAUUUAAAAGAACCAGAAGCAAAAGUUUCUAGAAAAUUACGGAAUGUUUUAAAACUUCUUCAACUCCAUUUUAUAUUUAAUUGUUGUAAGAAGAAAAAAUCCGGAUCUGCUAGGAUUGGUGCAGAAAAUGAAGUCAAAGAUGUAGUGUUUGUGAAGACUAGUGUAGGAACUAGUAAAUCGGAAAACAGAGAAAGUGAUGAAUUGGACAAUGUUACCACUUAUAAAAGUGUGGCGCGUGCCUAUGAUAGAGUAUUAAUGUACUACUUCUAUUUUUUUACUGUCUUUUUCUGGGUAUCAUUUGCUAUAUCUGUUAAAUUUUGA